CCUUUUUCUCCUGAUUCUGGGAAAACCUAUUUCGCUGAAUUUCCAUGGAUGGUCGUACUUCUCCUAAAAUCCACGACCGGCGGUCCUUAUAUUUUUCAUUGCGGUGCUUCGAUAAUCAGUAAUAGGGCCAUCCUCACUGCCGCUCACUGCGUUGCGAACCAAAAGCCUGAACAUUUGAUUGCGCACUUCGGACAGUGGAACAUAGGAAAUAAUAUUCAACCGUUACCUAUUCAAGAAGUAAAAAUUGUCGCAAUAGCUAUACAUCCGUCUUAUUACAACGAUGGGCUUUUCCAUGAUGUUGCUAUCCUCGUUUUGGAAAAACCAAUCACUUAUAGCGCGAACGUCCUACCAAUUUGCCUUCCCGAACAAGGUAAAGUCUUCUUAGCUGGGACCAGAUGCUAUGGGUUAGGAUGGGGCAGCAAUUCAUUUGGACCAGAAGGGCAAUAUCAGGCCGAGCUUCGGAAGGUGAAUCUUCCUAUCAUUAAUCAAGAGGAUUGUCAGACACGUUUACGAAGCACGAAAUUGGGCCAGUACUUUCAAUUGCAUGGAUCGUUUAUUUGCGCUGGCGGCGAAGCGAAUAAAGAUACGUGCCGCGGUGACGGCGGUGGACCGCUGGUUUGUCAAACCGCUACAGGACAAUUCUUUCAGGCUGGUAUUGUAUCAUGGGGUAUUGGUUGUGGAGCUUCUAAUGUACCUGCAGUAUACGCUAGUGUAUCACAACAUCGUCAAUGGAUAGAUCAACAGUUCGCAACUUAUGGCGUAUAACGAUGCAUUAUAUGUAUUGUAGUUUGAUAUUUCUAGUUCA